AUAAAUUAGGGUUCCUUCCCGCCAUCCUCAUCCGAGAUCUGUUUCCCUCGUUUCCCUUCAUUGACUCUGAUUUCUUGUUCUACGGGCCGUGAUAGAUUGGGGUUUCUGCUCUAUCGUCGCGGAAUAUCGGACGCCAAUGAGAAAUUCCGGUCGCCAUGGUUGUUCUCUUGUUAUUUCCCAUGUCUUUUCUUCUGGCGGAGAACCAAGUUCAGGUUCGUCUCAUAUAAAAUUCCAGAUGUAGUUGUCUGUUUUGUCCACCGUCUUCAGUUUGAUUGGGGUUGGUGUUUACGGUGCGGAAUAACAUCUUUCGUAAAUAACAGGGUUUUUACCAGAUUAUCUAGGUCUCUUGCGACUGUAUUACUAGUCUGAAUGGACUCUUUAAUACAAGACAAAUGGGGGAUUUCAAUACCAAUGAGAGGAGAAAACGAUCUCUCGGAUUUGCUCCAACCGCGAGUGGUUUUUGGCAGUUACCUUAUGUAAUUUCAUCAAAGGAAGGUUGAUUUGAUUAGAGUAUUGUUGUGGAUGUAUAAGAUAUCAGGCCGAACCGUCCCUAUUUUAUUAGGGAGGCGGUUUCUGAUCGAUCUUUGUCAUCCGACCUUUGCCAUGACAGGUGCGCUUGCAUGGCAGGUCAACUACGUUAAUGAAAAAAAAAAGUUUUUUGGGUUUUGAGGAGGGAUCGCACGGGGAUUGCCCGGGAUUCCUUCUCUUUGGUGUGUGCCGUUUCCUCUCUCUCUCUCUCUUAUCUCUGUGCAUAUUAUUAUGCGUUGCUGCCCACAGUUGCUUGCAUCCUCAGGGAUUGCUCGCUCGAUCGUUCUUGCUCAAAACGUGCUCGUUCUUGCUCAAUAUUUUUGAUCUCAAAUGAAUUCGUUGGCGAACAUGUCACAAAGGUAAAAACAGUAAAACAACGGCGUUGGUAAGUAGAAUAAUAUAUUAACUCUGAUUAGUCUUCUAUAAAUUAGCCGGUAUAUAAUCUCUAUUCGUUAAUUAGCAUGAUCUCAUUGGUAUUCAUGCGCUUUUAUAUAGUGUAGUUCUAUCUGAUCUCUUGGAUACAUGGGUAAUUUUACUGAGAUUUGUUGCGUUCAGGUUAAUAAUAACUAUAUCUUCUAGGGCCAAAACCAAAAUUUCUUGCUCUCACAAUUGCCAGUUAUGUUAAUUUUUAAUCAAAUUCCUAAUUGAACAUUUUCUUUUGGUUAAUUUGCAACUGUGCUUUAGAUUUUGGAACCCCUAAAACGUGGACAGCAAAGUAAAGAGAACAAAGAAACAUACAAGUGAGACCGGUGUUAAUUGCUAAAAUUUUAAUAACAAGAAUGAAAAACCAAAGGGGUAUCAGAUGGCGUUGGAUAUUGGUUUUGUGUAGGUUCUGUUCAAAAUCUAAUCAAGCGAGUAGUGCAUGGCUUUGGAUAGUUUUUGCGUUCAGAUUUUUACCGUGAACUCACAAGGAAAAUUAUUAAGUUCUCCAGAAUCCUAUUUCUCGCUUUUCAUUUACGUGGUAUAUAUAUAUAUUGUUCAUUUUGUCCCCAGUGAGUUGUGUUUGUGAACUUUAAAAUAUUGUACUUUAUGUAUACGUUGCUGUCCAAGCAUGAAUUUGUAUGUAGUAUUUUGUUACAACUAUAUUGUAAAGCACAUGAAAGGACGGAUGAAGAACUUGUAUUGGUCGCCUGGCUUGCACUUCGCCGUUGCUGAGCUGUUGGAUCUGCGGAUAUCUGUAAAGAUUUGGAGUGUGAAUGCAAUCGUUCUUUCUUGGAGGAAGUGACUUUUCUAUUUGUUGAAGACAGAUCUUUGACCCGUUCAUAAUAUAUUAGUGUUGUCUUUGUAAUUCAUAUCAUUUGGUGAAAGAUGUUCCUGCAAGGUUUUAUGGACUUCUUACUUAAUCACUUUGUUCUUUAGGAUACAAAGAUUAACGAGUGAGAUUUUGGUAUUAGUGGGAGAUGAUUCUUUAAUUAUGUCAGAAUUUAUCUUAUUUGGUAGGAGAUGGCGAUUCUAUAUGUUUAAGGUUUCUAAUCUUGCACUAAAGUUUGAUGUCAAAUCUUAUGUCCAUUUCAAGGUUUGAAGAUAAGUGAGAAUCUUACUCUGUUGGAAGCACAUAUCAUUCAAUGUCUAGUGGUUUAGAUUCUGUAUCCAUCCUUCAAGACGGUUACAAUAGUAGUUGAAUGUUAUUGGGUUUGUAGGUUUCUGCAAGUUGGAUUUUCAAACCGCUCUAGGUCUUUAUGGAUUUGUGGAAAUUAUUCAUGUAUUCAAGAUUUUUCAAUUGAGUUCAGGAUGGGAGGUCUAUUUGUUUAAUAUUUCCAUCAUAAUACUCUUUUUAUAACAUUUUUAGUGUUUGAAAGUAGCUGGGAAGUUUAUAUUAUUUGGUGAAAGUGCUCCUCCCAGGUUUUAAAAAGCUUAUAUCAUUUGGUGCUACAAAGUUUAAAAGUGCUUUUAAUCCAACCAUGAAUGAUCUAGGAUUUGAAGAUCGCUGGGCACUAGUUUCUUAAUUUCUGGCAACUCCUAAGGUGUUUGAAAUUCAAUGGAGACGUCAAUAAUUAUCAAGCAGGCUCAUAUAGUUGGGCACAAGUUUUUUGAGUUUGGUAACUCCUAAGGUGUUUGAAGUUCAAUGGAGAUAUUGUUGUUAAUAAUUCUCAUGGAGGCUCAUAUCAUUUGGUGAAAAAACAUUCCUGCCAGGUUUGAAGAUUAGACGGGUGAUGGCUUUUGAAAUUUUGUGAAGUUUAUACAUUUUUUUCAGACACCUCCUUACAUGUAGGUGUGUGGUAUAACUAUGAGAUGUCAUUUUAAUACAGUGUGUUAUAUUUUUCAAGGAUCGGUGGAUGCUGUUAUUGAUUAUUGUAAGAGAGUUUAUAUCAUUUUCAUUUGGAGAUAUAUUGAUAUUUGUUUUUGACUUCUAACCUUGGCUUGUGAUGGAGAUUUCGUAACCAAUUCUUAAGGUUGUUUGUUAAGAUUCCUUUGGUUUUUGUACUAAAUUUUCAAAUUCCUUUGUGCAUAACCAUGUAAAAUUGAGUUCAAUGUGAUUUUCCCAGUGCGUUUGAAUAAUUGUUGAAGAGCAUGUUCAGUUCCGAUCUCUCGAUAGUGAACUUACUAAAGAUCGUGGAAGAUCGCCGUUUCCUAGGAAAUCCAUAGCGCAUUCUGUAGGAUGUGAGAUUCUCCUGUAUUAUAGGAAUCCAGAAUAGCGAGCAGGAAGAGAUGCAUGCCAAAAACAUACAUGUUCAUUCGUAUGUUUCCUUGGUUACGCUACUGUUACUAUCUAUGUACACUUGAAAAAGGAAGAAACCUCUGUUAAAAAUUACGUAAAUAUGAUCACGUUUUGAGAGAAAUAUCUCUUUUGAUUGGCAUCGUUUAUUCCUUCCUUUCUUUCUGUUAAGCAAGAAAAUUUGUUUUAUAGGCUCCUCUUGGAUGUAAAUUUAAUAAUAACCAUACCCAAGCACAAAUCUUGAACAAGUUUUAAGCUUCUAUUCAUGUAUGAGCUUGUGCCUUUUGGCACAAGUUCCUCCGCUGUGAGGUUAGCUCAUACAAAUAAAAUCCUUCAUCAUAUACAAAGAUUAAUACAUCUAUAUGCACUCUUUUUCAUUGUAAAAGUAGAUACAUUUAAAUAGUUUCAACUCUGUCCCUUUUGUAGGCGAUUGGUUGUGCACACUAACUGGUCGUUGAAAUGUUUCCAAAUGGUGUAUAAUAGAAUAGAAGUCUUCCACAAUAAUGUAAAGCAGAUGUAGCUAAGCUAGUUCAAGAAAUAUAUAUAGCUUCGAGAUUGGAAUUGACCAUAGGGUUUAUAUAUUUUUUGAUAGACAAAAGAAAGACAACGAAUGUGUAGAUAUUUGGCGAAAAUAGAUCAAUAAGGAUUAUACGGUUGUUAGGGGGUCCAGCUAGCUUAUAGUUGGCUCCGCUGUUGGUUGUUGAUAUGUGGGUUUCCUCUUAUUAAUAUGGAUUAUUAAAGAUGUGUUUACCUAAUUUCAACAUCCCUCCAUUCAGUUUAAUUCUAUUUAAUACCCAACAAAUCGAAAUCUCUCUCUCAACCACCCAAAAAAAAAAAAAAAGAAAGUCAGCCGAUGCCAUUAAUUUGUUAUUAAGUAAUGACUCAAAGAAACUAAAUAAAUAAAUAGAAAGGUGUAACUAUGACAUUAAUGUGAAUUUAAGAUUUUAAUUGGAUGAAAUUAGAAGUUUAUGAUAUAACAUGACAAGGUGAGCAUUUUCAAUGUGUCAUUGUCUUGUUGUGUUUAGGAAAAGAUGUCCAAAAAAAAAAAAUGACAAAGGAGACAAAAUAUACAUGCAAAACUAAGUUUAGUAGCCUGGUUUUUUCCCAAUGAAAUGUAUGUAUAGUUUGUAUGUUAUUGGAAAAAAAUAGUUGUUGUUUUCACAUAGUCAGAUUAUUAGUAGGGGAGUCGGUUGAAGCCUCAGCUGGGGAGGCAGAGUUCGGAAUAAAGGUAACUGAAAGAGGAAGUACAUCUUUCAUGAGUUCCAACAAUAGGAUCAAUAGGAAAUGCUCUUCCAUAUUUAUCAGUUUCCAUGGGUAAUGAGUCACUUUAAUAGUCAGUAGGGCCGUCGGAAGCAAGGGAAGAAGUACCUGUUUCACCAAAGGCAGAAGCAGAAAAGGGAGCUGAAGGACGAGUCCGAGGUUGAAGUUAGGUUGAAUUUGCUGUUAGUGUGGAUUGAGCAUGUUUCUUCUUAAAAGAAGGGGCUCCCAUAACAAUGGAGAAACUGAUGAUCCUUCACUGCAGGAUGGAAAGAUCAUUGAACUAAAAGGUGCCAUGGGGAACCUAUCCGGUCGCAGUAUAAAGUACUGUAAUGAUGCAUGCCUUCGGAGAUAUUUGGCUGCUCGGAAUUGGGAUCUUAACAAGGCAAAGAAAAUGCUGGAGGACUCACUCAAAUGGAGGGCAACUUACAAGCCCGAGGAAAUCAGAUGGAAUGAAGUAGCACAUGAAGGUGAAACAGGCAAAUCUUUUAGAGCAAAUUUCUACGACCGUUUCGGUCGAACAGUGCUCAUAUCCAGGCCAGGGAUGCAGAAUACGAACUCGCCGGAAGACAAUGUUCGACAUGUGGUGUAUCUUUUAGAGAACACCAUUUUGAACCUUCGUAACGGCCAAGAACAGAUAGCGUGGCUGAUAGAUUUUACUGGAUUUACACUAAACACCAACAUCUCUGUCAAAGCAGCAAGAGGCAUUAUUAACAUACUGCAGAGCCACUAUCCAGAAAGGCUUGCUGUUUCAUUUCUCUACAAUCCUCCAAGAAUCUUUCAAGCCUUUUGGAAGGCUAUCAGGUACUUUAUUGAUCCAAAUACAGGUCAGAAAGUAAACUUUAUAUACCCCAACAACAAGGACAGUGUAGAGCUGAUGAAAUCUUUCUUCGAUAUGGAAAACCUUCCAAGUGUAUUUGGAGGAAAAGCCACUCUAACAUAUGACCAUGAAGAGUUCUCAAAAAUGAUGGCAAUGGACGACAUUAAAACUGCCAAAUUUUGGGAGGUAAACGAUAAGCCUUCCCAUAAUAUGAAUGGGCAUUCAGGCCUUGAGGUCGCACAAGAAGAGGCAAUACCCAUCUCCGUUUCAUCAGCUUAGAAGGGAUAUAUUCCUCACCCUUCAGAUGGAUGCAACGAAGUACACAUUCUCUUCACAGUCAUAAAAUUAGGAAUAGGAAGGGACAAGGAUGGUUCUCAUGCUAAACAGGAAGAACAUAUGGAAUAAAUUUACAGUACCAGGUGGAGAUACAGUUUUGUCCAGAGAGGAAGGAAUUGUCAUCUCAAUAAUAGGUCUUUUCGAUGGAAAGCCAUUCCAUGCAUCUUGGCAAGCUGUGCCAAUAUCUUCCAUUCUAAAAGAGAAAUCAAGAAAGAAAAGGUGAGCAAGUCUUUUCUUUUUUUUUAAAAAAAAGGUUAGAUUGUAAUGACAAUCAAGUGCAUUACUUUCUGAAACAAUGCAUUUUUGAGAGGAUCAUCUCUCUCUAUUUUUUCUCACUCACAACCACUAACAACAGAACUGCUGUUACACAUUAAGCACAUGGGUUUUACAAGUCUAAAGUAAACUCCUGAGGUUUCAGAGAAACAAUUCACAUUGUAGGACAUUUGGGUUUAUGGAAAAUAGCUCAAAUGUAUUCAAGGUAGUCAAAGAAUUAAAAGUACGCAUAAUGAUGAGUUGCUCAACCUUACAAAACACAUUAUGAAAACAAUUCUGGUGUAGCUGCUAAUGACAUUAGUAGUAGUGUCUCUCCUACCUUUCAGCACCAAUAUGAAUAGUUGCUGUAUGCUGAGGACCCACCUCAUCUUGAUUAUUCAAAUUGCAAGACUGGAACUGCGGCAAUUUGUCAACAGCAACGUUUAUUUUUGUCGUUCCCUGUUCCAGCCAGUAAAGUCUAAACUAUCGUGAUAGUUCAAGCAUGGGAACAAAGGACCGAGGAAAGUAGAUGCAACUUUUGUCUGAAUUGGAAAUUUGGAAUAAGACAUUCUUAACCUUCGUUUCUAUACUUUUAAUGGCAUGCAUUUGUGAUAGUUCAAAGAAUAAUAAAAACUCAUACUCAAGGAAAAUAAAAGGUCUUCUCUCUGUGUUGCAAGGGUCAGGCUUGGACCCUUCAACUUAUACCAACUAAAAAAUUCAACAACAGUGGUGGACUAAAGAGGACCUUACAACUUUAAGAGCAAUGUAGAUAAAUAAACGCAAGAACGGUGUAAACACAAAGCACGAGCCAAUGCUUAUUCAUCAAUUAUCAUCUAUCAAUUUUUUACAACGAGCAACCUAAUCGUCAAAAAUUGAUUCACAUACCAACAACCAGAAUGAAACUCAUAAGUCAUAAUCAUAGAAAAGAAACGGUCGAGAUUCUGUUGAUUCUAGGGACUGAUGGUUUAAAUCUCACCCAAGUCCAUAAAGACGGACUGAUGGUUUAAAUCUCACCCAAGUCCAUAAAGACCUGAGAACAAUGGUAAA